AUGCCAAACGAGUUAAUUAUAACCAAAGGUGCCUACAAAAUAACUAAAAAAUUUCGACGAGUGCAGCAGCGCCAUGAAGAACACGCUCACAGUUGGAAUGAUCGAGUGCGUGGACCAAAUCCAAAGAAUUCGCUGAUGCGAUUGCUUAAAUUGAUCGGAUUUUAUUUGGCGCUAUAUGUGUGCAUUGCCAUCGUAUUGAUUUGUAAUUUUGCAAUUGUUUUCAAUCUUCGGGUGCCCGAAAAUCAGCCCCAUGAACCGAGGUGCACAAGUCUCUCAUCGGUGCCGGGAAAUUUUGUGGGUAGCAGGAAAAUGAUACGAUAUACGCCAGAUCAGAGGCUGGGCAUUACGCCGUAUGUCCAACAAAUCUACAAAUUUGUUGAAAAAUAUGGCAACGAUGGCAUUCGCCACUUGAGAGCAUGUAAUUUAGAUAAUAACUGGGGUUACAAUACUGGCCUGCCGUGCGUUCUGCUAAAGCUGAAUUUUGCCCACAACUUUACUCCGAUAACAUAUAGCGAUACAUUCUCACUGCCAAAGGAGGUGCCCAACGAUCUAUACGAUUAUAUACUACAGUUGUCGCUGGAGCAGCGAACCUAUCGCAUUUGGGUUGGCUGUAGCUUUAUGGAUAAUAUAACUGAUGCGAGAAUUGAAUAUAUACCGAAUCGUUAUUAUGAUACCGAUGGCUUAUUUGAAAAGGAAUAUGUAUAUUUACAAUAUAUAUCGGAAAAUAUGACUGCAAAACAAUCGUAUGAGAAUCCAGCAUAUCGUCGCGUUGUUGGCGUCCAAUUUCGAAAUCUUCCCAUGAAUCGAGAUAUAACCGUUAAGUGCGUUGCAUGGGCGAAAAAUAUUCCUAUGGGUGUCGGGUCGAUAUAUCUUGUAUUCCAUUUAAAAGGACUUGAAGUUUUUCCUAAUCCCGAUCCAGAUGAUGACUAUUAAGAGAAUAUAUAUAUGAAUACAAAUGCUUUUGUUUUAAAUUUCAAGCAUGUUAAAUUUGAAAGCUUGGGAGGCAUUUUAGUAUUAGUUAGUAUUUAAUAAAC